AUGCUAGGACUCAAGCGACUCGCCCUUGUUGCGCUUUGCGCCAUCGAGAGCAUCACCCCCACCGUAUCAGCCAGAAGUCUUUUCAACCAUAGGGGCAUUCAGCACGAUGAUGCCCUCGACAAACGUCAAAGUCUCACCCAGAAGUAUUGUCCUUCGUCGACACCAGGAGCGGCUUGCUUCUCCGAAUUCACCGUAGCGGCUCAAAAGAUCACGUAUCGCAUCGCAAUCCCCGAAGUCGCCGCGGCCCCUUUCGAUAUUUUCCUCCAAAUCAUCGCGCCCAAAGCCACUGCGGGAUGGGCAGGAAUUGCGUGGGGAGGAAAGAUGAGUAAUAAUCCGUUGACGAUUGGGUGGGCGUUGCCGAAUGGGGGUGAUGGAUCGGUUGUUAGUUCGAGGUUUACGAGUGGCCACAGCGCCCCCAGCGCCUACUCUGGCGCGACCUACACCGUCCUUCCCACAACUACCGCCAAUGCUACGCACUGGCAGCUGGACGUGCUCUGCCAGGGUUGCAGCAAAUGGGCUAACAGCCAGCUGAACCCCAACGGAGCAAACGCAUUUGCUUGGGCCAAGGCUACUAAGGCGGUCGCCAACCCGGCGAGCAAUUCCAGCUCGUUCAGCAGCCAUGAUGGCAAGGCUGUAUGGUCGCAUGAUUUGAGUCUAGCCAGAGUGCCGCAAAGUGCGUUUGAUGCGCUGAUUGGGAAGGGUGUCGGGGCUUAG